GGCUUUUUCAUGUCAACUUUUGGCAUCUGAACCUUGCAUGAGCUCAGGGGAUUGACCAUUUCUUCUAGCUAUUCAGAUUCAUAUGCAUCACAGCAUGACGCUGGAUUCGGAUCCCAACCACUAUCACCCUCGUUGAAACCUCAUACUCCUAACAACGAACGCCCUGUCAGUGCGACCUCUAAAAUCAUGGAUGGCCUCUUCACCCUCCUCAGCUUGUGCGCUGUCAUGGCCACUGCUUCGUUUCUGGCCGGCAUACUACCACUGUCGUUUUCUUUAUCCACAGCAAGACUACGCAUGAUUUCCACUAUUGGGAUGGGCGUUUUAGUAGGGACAUCUCUGGUGGUCAUCAUACCUGAAGGCGUGGAAACUUUAUACAGUGCAUCCGAAGUUGGCCACACACAUUCGCAUGCGCACAGGGAUACCUUUAUUCUGCAUGGCGCAGGUGACCAAUUGUCAGGAUUUCAUACGACACGACUUUUACAUUCCGUGAGGAGUUCUGGUGACGAACCGAGUCCUUUUAACGUACCUGGCCCUGUGAUGCCCUCGAACAUUGAUGCGCCUCCUCGUACCCCGACGGAACCUGGUGUAGUUGGAAUAAUGGGAGGAGAGAAAGAGUCAGACGUGGAAUUGGAUAAAAGUACAGGCAGUGAAGAGCCUGACAAAGGCUCUCAACACGCAUGGAUAGGGAUAGCCCUGUUGGCUGGCUUCAUGCUCAUGUACCUCAUCGACAAGGUACCUCAAUAUUCUCAGCCGGCCAAGCCGAGAACAAGGACACACCAUAUUGCUUUGAACAACCUUGGUCGCAGGUUCAAUAUAGCAACCUCUCUCGACGGCGACGAAUCUGGGGACGCCUUUUUGGGCUCGACGCAAGAAUCGCAGAUCCAGAAUCGAAGUUUUGCAACAACUAUUGGCCUAGUCAUCCAUGCAGCCGCUGACGGUAUUGCCUUGGGAGCUUCAUCCACGGCCACUAAUUCGGGACUGAGUCUUGUCAUCUUCUUUGCCAUCAUGAUCCAUAAGGCACCUGCGGCUUUUGGGCUCACAUCCGUCCUGAUCAAACAAGGUCUCUCUAAAAGAGCCGCACGAGGGCAUCUAGUGCUUUUCAGCCUAGCCGCGCCAGCUGGAGCAAUUGUCACAUGGAUUCUUGCCAAUGUUCUCGGUGGUGGAAAAAGCCACAACCCGAAGACAACAACUUGGUGGACGGGGAUGCUUCUGCUGUUUUCUGCAGGCACGUUCCUGUACGUCGCCAUGCAUUCGAUGCAGGAAACUUCGAACUCUCACCAUGAAGGCAUGAAUGGGCAAGCGAACGGUUACAUUGAGGGUCGCGAGACCACUCAAAAUGGGCCGAGGGCGUCGUGGAAGGAUCUGGUAGCGGCGUGCUUUGGAAUGGUGCUACCCAUCUUCUUGCAGGUUGGACAUGCCCAUUGAAUGUGUUUUAUAUACUAUUUGAUCUUAUUACAUGUCUAGCUACGGGAAGCCCUGGUUGCACGACAGAAUGAUCUCGCCUUUUCGAACCAAUGUCAGAUUCAUGACUAGAGAGAAUUUGUAACUAACAGCGAAUUAUGUUGUAUGUUUGGAAUAGGACAGAGAGUUGAAGCCAAUUGCCAAAAUCGAUGGAUGAGACUGGACAGAACGACUUUUGGGCUUCUUGUGUGAGUCGGGCGGUGGUUGGGCAGCGAGAGAAUACUUGCCUGAUUUACGGAGUCCAUAGCACUCCGUACACCGUACUGUACCUGAAUUCAUGGACUGUACAGUCCGAGGAGGCGGGUUUUGCCCAUACAUUUAUCCAAUGCUGAGGGGGAUCAGCGCAGACCCUUGCCUCGCCCAACUUGAGAUGCUGGAUAUACAAGUACCCGUACUUCGUCCAUGGCCCCUAACUCACUUUCACCGCCCUCAUUCUGGCAGAUAUACCAUAGACGAG